AUGGGAAGGCGGGCAUCCUCUGGUGCGCCUCAAGCACUCGGCGAAUCUGCUGCACGCAGCCCCCGGCGGACGAGCGAGCGCGAGGUGCCGGACUGCAGCCGUCGCCCCUCGGGGCCGGGGUGUUGGCGGCCGCGCGGUGACCGCGGGGGUGCUGUACGCCGCGUGGACCUGCGUCUACUCCCUGUGCCCCCCGCAGGGGCCACUCCUGCCGGGACCCCUAGCCGCAGCUCCAGCGCGUGGGAGAAAAAUAAGAUCCUAGUGCUGGGCCUGGAUGGAGCAGGAAAGACCAGUGUUCUCCACUCUCUAGCUUUAAACAGAGUCCAGCACAGCGUGGCACCAACCCAAGGUUUCAGUGCACUGUGCAUCAGCACUGAAGACAGCCAGUUGGAGUUCCUGGAGAUUGGUGGCAGCGAACCUUUCCGUUCCUGUUGGGAAAUGUACCUGUCCAAGGGAUUGCUGCUAAUCUUUGUGGUGGAUUCAGCAGAUCACAACAGAUUACCUGAAGCCAAGAAGCACCUUCAUCAACUAAUUGGGACAAAUCCAAUCCUUCCUCUGGUUGUGUUUGCAAACAAACAGGAUCUUGAAGCAGCCUACCACAUUACAGAUAUCCAUGAAGCUUUGGCAUUAUCUGAGGUGGGAAAUGACAGGAAGAUGUUUUUGUUUGGAACCCAGGUGACUGAGAAUGGCUCAGAGAUACCCUCCAUCAUGCAAGAUGCCAGAGACCUGAUUGCACAGCUGGCUGCAGACAUGCAGUGAUCAGGCCUAGGCCAAC